AUGGAAUACGGGGCUGGAAGCGAUAGGAGGCGCAAAAACAUCAUCGGCAACGCCAUAGAGCAUCACGAUCUGUUCCCGAAGUACAUGAGGGACUGCAGGGCUAGGUUGAAGGUUGUGGCGGAUGCCCUGCAGACAGGGUUGAGGGAGGCCAUUCAAGCGCACCUGGAAGUCUUUGGGGUGACUCUCGAUCUGAUCCGGGACGAGAACGUAGCGACGGAGAGUGAAGAGAACCCGCAGCUUAGAAUGUGUUUGCAGCGUGAGAUUCACGCGGCAAGGGAGCAGCUGGAGCGUAUUCAAGAGGCCAUGACUUCUUGA